CUAAAUACCUAUGUUGUCUAGAAAGUUCCCUCUGGCGAGUUAAAAGAUGACUUUUAACGGCUUUGGCACACAGACAGCUUGGCCUGAUGGAACAUGUUUCGCUAGCAAAGACAGAGAAAUUUCCAAAGGAAGGACCUAUAUCCGCGACUUGAGUCAAGGAAUGAACAGUUUUAACAUUGUUGGACUUGUCGUGGCCAAACAGGGAGUUCACUCUUUUCCAGACAGAAAGAACCCAGGCACAGAAAAAUGCCACUUCUUUUUCACUCUCAGAGAUACGCCUACGGAUUUCAUUAAUGUUAACUGCUGGGGGAAUGAACGUUUCAUUUACGACCUUUCAAAUUCCUUCAAAAUAAAUGACGUUGUGGAAGUAAGGAAUCCCCAGAUACAAAAUAAACAAAGCAAUGAAGCUGAGCAAAGAUGGAGACCAUGGACAUCAAGCCCAUACCAGCUGCAUGUCAGUGAGACAUAUUCGUCUGUAAGUUUAUUCAGUGGAUGGGACAUGAGUGAGUUUGACAAGAUUUCACAUGUACCCUUUAAGGCCAGUAAUGAUUUCUAUACCCUGGGAGAUAUCAUAGCCAACGAUCAGAACUUGCAUGGAGAACAUGUCAAUAUCCAAGCUGUUGUAAAAAGUAUUGGAGUGCCAAGAGACAUCGUUACCAAAACAGGAAAACGAGUCAAGAGAUGUGAAGUGGUUCUGUUCGAUGAAACCUGUUACUCAUUCCCACUCAUCAUGUGGGAUGAAGACACAAUAGAAAUGUCUCAAACGUGGAUGCCUAAAGAUAUAAUUCUUUUUAUCGCAGAUGUUAAAGUGACCUUUGACGACUUCAAAAAGUCUAUGAUCGCUACGUGUGAUAAUAAAACAAUUAUCACUGCAAAUCCAGAUACCAUGGAAGCUCGGUACUUAUAUAAUUAUGCACAAUCACUGGAGCUCUUAGAUGAUGAUCCUCUGAAUAACCCUGAGGCAUCCCUAGAAGGGUAUAAUUUGGAAAAUGUAAAGAACGUGUACAGCGUUCAACAACUCAAGCAAAUAAUGGCAGAACUGGACAACAGCACGCAACAGAUUCCCACAUUUGGGAUUGUUUAUGCCUGUCUUACUUCCUUUGACAUUGACAGCGAUGUAAAACAAGUAAUAGCGUCACGAUGUGUGUCUUGUAAUCAAAGAGUAGCACUUCUAAGCGAGACGUGCAUGAACCCAGAAUGCCCUGUGUCGUCAAAUCCUACCGCAUCUGGCAGUUCAACCACACAGCAAACAAUCAAGACACAGUAUGAAAUAAUGGUCUCCCUGAGUGAUCACACGGGAACAGUUGAAAACUGUAGGCUUGCUGAAAACUGUGCGGAGACAAUGUGUGGGUGCAAAGCAGUGGACUUUGCUCGAUGGACCAUUCCUCAGCUGACAAAUCUGAAACUACAGUUCCUUUUGGAGAGGUGUAAAGUUUAUUUUAAGCUCACAAUAUCAAGUUCCAAUCGAUCCACAAGCGCCACCAAAAAGUGGAUUAGAUUGUUAUCUUGUACUUUGGUUGACCCCAAGGAAGCUGUCGAGUCGCUAUCUUGAUCUUUGUACCGCUAAUAUUCAAGACAUUAAACACGUGCGCCUAUAGUUUAGUCGUUUUCCAACUCGUGCUUUGUUGCAUAAUGAUUUAAAAGAAAUUCUAUGGUCAUUGGCCAGGCGCCAACGUACCCAAUAUUUGUAACUAAUAACGUUUUUACUUCCAGUCAGCUAGAUCUUAGUUCACUAAAAAUAAGCAGGUGUGACCGCGACCGAUCAGCUGCAAUCUUUAAUAUGCUUCCUUUCAUCGUUCACUUUCAUGUGGGGCGACUUUACCACUUGGCACAAAAUUUGUUGUUCCUCUCCGCUUGAAGCCCAUGUAAAUCAUGUCCUUUAUACUAUGUUCUUUGAACAAGUAUCAGAUUAAAGUGCUUAAGCCCA